AAAAUCAUGACUGGGACGGGUGGCCGUCAAAUUCCAGACCUCUUUGGGAUACUUGUAAAACCCAACAGAGACCUUGAAAUGGCCAAAUGUACUCAAGAUUUUGUAGACAAAAGUUAAAUCAGAGUUGAUCAGCAUAGUUUGAAUCUCCUGUGUAACCAAUGGAAUCUUUGUGGAGGAAGUGCCUCUCAAGUGCUUCAAAAAACUGUCUGAAUUAUUUAACCUCACCAGUGUUGCAGCCAUUGAAUCAGCCAACACUGUUAACUAGAGGAGCUGCAACAGCCAAGGGCAAAGUUCAGCCUAAAAAGAAGAGCGUAGUGAGGAAGAAAAAUGCAAAACCUGCAAAAGCCUCAUCUGGUGCAGGCAGCCAACAGUCCCAGCGCAUAAAGGCCACGGUACAGGCAUGCAUGAAUGCCCCAACUCCUCUCAGGUACCUUAAAAUGAAGGACAGGCUUAGAGAAAUGGAAAGGGAAAAAUUGGGUCUUAUCAGCAAGCAAAGACAGAGGGAACUUGAUAUGGAAAAGGAGAAAAAAAAACAGGAAAAGAAGGAAAAAGCCAUUACAGAUGAGAGAGAAGAAUUAGAUGUUGUUAAAUUAGGUCUUUUCCACAAAGAUGAGAUUGAAAUCCCAUCUUUUGAACUUACUGUAGAGGAAGGCAAUCGUCUUGCAAAGGAGUACAGCAGGUUGCAAAUGAGGAAUUUGAGGAAAACACAAGCUGAGGAAACUAUAAGGCUCAAAUUGAAGAAUGAAGCCAUUGCAGCUCUUCCUCUUCAUCUUAGAGAGGCUGCUCUUGUUCCAGAUUUUACCCCGUUUCCUCUGAAUAGGCAUCGGGCUUAUUUGACUCCACCAAUUGAAGGAUAUGAUCAGAAACUUAAAGACACUGCCAAACAAAAAGCAGAGAAAAGAUACAGGUGAUGGAACUUGAUUCUUGGAAGCUUGUGGCAGUUCAGUUUUUUAGUUCAAUUCUUUCAAUCAGAAGUUCAGUAGGCACAAAUCAGAGGUUGCUGUGCAUUAGUUGGUAAUGUCUUUUUAAUUAAGGACAAAAUUUUAUGACCAUUUUACAACAAUAUUUUAGGCACCCACCGGUGAAAAAUAUUUGUUUUUAGUGGACAUUGCAACUAGCUUCUAAGAAAAGAAAUACUGAAAAUUUUUGUACUUGUUAUGUAGGAAAAGUCACAAGCUUCUAAAAUAAAAUUAUUGUUAAAUUUUGAAAUAGUUUUUCUGUUAAAUUCUAUUUUAACAUGAAAAGAUUCCAACUUGCAUCAGACAUGAUGACAAGUAGCUUUGGCAA